AUGACGGACCUCACUGAAGUCACCGUGGAAACGGAAACCGCGGACAUGUACGAGACAGUGUUCUGCAAUCCUGCGUUUGAACCGGAGAGCGAUCGUGAGUGUGAAGAGGUCAGGGAAGUGGGAAAAACCCUGAACACAGCCGAGCCAAAGCAGAGACCUGCCGCCAUUGAGUUCAUCGACCCUAGAAAUCGCACCAGUCGCGGUGCGCUCAGCGUGUGUGCGAUGCGUCUCUCUGGCCCCUGGUCUGGGUGGGGGGCCGUGGUGGUUUCGGUGUCUGUGCUGCUGCUGGUGGCGGCCCUGGGCUUGGCUCUGGGGCUCAUCUUCACACAAUUAGAUGAACAGCAGUCUCAGGAAAGGGGGCUUGGGACCCCCGUAGAUUUGUGGAGCGGUGGUCUGCCAGCAGGAUUACCCCCUCAUCCCACAAACACCAGUCCCCCUCACAGCACUGCAGACUCUCAACCAACAGGGGGCGCUGACUCUACAAACAAGUGCGGGGGCGUCCUGGACCAGCCAGACGGCAGCUUCAGUUCCCCCGGCCACCCGGGCCAGUACCCCGCGGACUCCCUGUGUGUGUGGGUGAUCCAGGCGCGACCCCCUGCCCUGGUCCAGCUGCGUGUGACCUCCCUGGGUGUGGAGGGGCCCUCUCCCUGCCUCUUCGACUGGCUGGAGCUCCGCGAGGAACAGGAGGACACCACGUCGAUCACCAGGUUCUGCGGGAAUGUAGCGCCCCCUACGGUGAACACCAACAGCAGCACCGUGUGGGUGACCUUCCGCUCGGACAGCAGCAUCGCAGGCAGCGGGUUUUCUGCCCAGUACCAGGCCAUCCUGCCCAGGCAGAAGAGCUGCUCCCGGGAUGAGUUCUUGUGUGACGGUGGUCGGUGUCUCCUGCCGAUUUCGGUGUGUGACGGACGCCCCAACUGCCAGGACCACAGUGACGAGGCCAACUGCAGCCACAAGCACAAAGAGUGUGGUGGGCAGAAAACCGGACUUGAGGGCUCUCUGUCCAGUCCAAACCACCCCAAGCCUUAUCCUCACCAACAGCUCUGCACGUGGAGGAUCUCGGCGGCCGAGGGUCACGUGAUCCGGCUGACCUUCCGGAACUUCAGCCUGGAGACGCAGGACGUGUGCGAGUUCGACUACGUGGAGGUGCACGACGGCGGCGACGUGGGGGACGGGACCGUCCUGGGCAGGUUCUGUGGGACCAGUCUGCCCCCUGAUCUCACUUCCUCCGGGCCUGUUAUGACCGUGCUGUUUGUGGCCGAUGAGGGCGUGGCGGACAGCGGCUUCUACGCCACCUACCGCGCCAUCGCCCUGUCUGAGAGAACGUGCAGCCCCGCGCAGUUUGCAUGUGGCAGUGGCGAGUGCCUGCACCGGGAGUGGCUGUGUGACGGCUGGAUCGACUGCGCAGAUGGCACGGAUGAGCAACGCUGUGAAAACACCACCUACCCCCCCUUCACCUCUGCCUGCGAGCCCAUCCAGGUGGAGAUGUGUCAGGACCUCAGCUACAACCUCACCUCCUUCCCCAACAUCUGGCUGUCCCUCUCCGACCAGCGGGAGGCAGCGGAGGUUCUCCGGCAGUACCGGGUGCUGACGGAGCUGCCGUGUUUCCAGUCCCUGCGCAGGCUAGCGUGUGGGCUGUUCGUGCCCCAGUGCAGCCCGCACGGAGGAGUGCUGCAGCCCUGCAGGUCCGUGUGUCUCUCCGCCCAGCAGCAGUGCAGCCAUGCCCUGGAGCAGCUCAGCCUGGCCUGGCCCUUCAACUGCCACCUCUCCCCCGACUCCCACAACCCUGUGGAGUGCUCUCUCCCCUAA